AUGCCGCGCUCUCUCGCCCCUCGGGUCGGCGACUGCGACGGCGGCUCGACUCCUUUCAGUGCUAUGCGGGAACUGGCGAUGGACGCGACGGACCUCCGAAUUCCUGAUAUUCCUUUGGCGACUUGUGAUGACGAUAUUGAUAGUACUAAACACAGCAGUCAAGGGUUGGUUUUUUCGCGUUUUUUCUCGAUUUUUUCUCGAUUUUUGAUCUACUUUGUGUCAUAUUUGGUUGAUUUUGAGCCUUCUGCAGCGUUUUCACACGUCCGGGCACUUAAAAAUAGUUUUGAUAACAGUUUUGAUAGGACUAAUUAGUAAUCAGAGGUGUUAGGAACUCGUUUUGUUUUGAUUUUUUCCUGGUUGUUCUCCGAUUUUUUUUUUGUCUUUCUAAUUUUUAGCUAUUUUCUUUCAUUUUUAACCCAUCUUUUGCUCAGUCGAGCGAUUUCUUUUACAGAUUUAGGUCUUUGUGGUUUUUUUCUGAGUCCUUUUUGUGGCUGAAAAAAAUCUCAUGUCGAUGAUUUUUUUCCUGAAUUCCUAAAAAAAGAUUUUCAUGAAUAUGAUAGUUUUUAAUCGUUCAGCUAUUCUCAAUUAAUGGUUCAACUACAUUUUACUUUUUUCGACACCAAAGUCUCAAAUAUUGAGAAUUUUCCUAAUCAUUAGCUCAUUUUUUCUUAUCAAUCGAGUUCUUUCUCCAUUCUUUGCCCUAAAAGUUCAACUGAUUCCUACCCAAAUAUUAUUCGGGUGCGAUAGGAAAUGCCUUUUCGAAGGUGUCAAUUUCACAUUUGCCGCUCGUAUUUUAUGUCCUUGGAGCGGCGGACGUUCGUAAUUUGACCCCGAUUUGUUUGGAUAAUUCAUGGAAUUGCGCCAAAACCAGUAUAUUUCACCAUGUGCCAUUGAUUUUCCCCGGGCUCAGGAAUAGGAUUUUCAGUCGAAGCGAAAAAAAAAGCCAGAAAGUUUCAGAUUGAAAAAUUAUGUGAAACAGACAAAAUCCAAACUGCCUCAAAAAGGUCUUAAAAGUAGAGUCGAGAGAUCCUUUUUGAGAUCCUAAAAAGGUGUAAAAAGAUUCUCGGAAUCUCCUUGUCCUCCUUAAAAGGUCCUUCUCAGAAAAAGGUCUAAAAAAAGGCGUCUUUGGCAUUUUUCCAAAAGUUGUUUUUGAGCUUUUCCCGUGCAAUAAGUCAAAAGUGAAAAAAUAUCAGUUACCAAAUUUUCGGUCAAGUUUUUGGGCUAGGGUAGAAUAGAACUUUUUUUUAAUUUUUACACUGAAUUAAUUUUUUUUCUAUCGAGAGUUAUAAGUUUUCAAAAGUUUAUCUAUAUUCAAAGGUAUAAGUUACCCGAUUGGAUUGAUUGUUAUCGAGAAAAUGUGUUCACUAAUUUUUUUACAAAUUAUACAGUUUAUGUUUUGUUUUAUUUUAUUUUUUUCUCUAAUCAUUAGUUAAGAUCUUUUUCGAGUACACGAAAGGUUUCGUGACAGAUAAUAAUUCAUCUAAAACAUUAUUUCCUUCUCCUGACAAAUUGACCUGCUUCAUUUGUUAAUUAUGAUUCUCUCGAAUACACUGAUUCAAAAACCAUAAUUUUGACAGUUCUAACAUCUGUAUAGUACGGAAAAGUGUCAUUUUGAGUAUAUUUUUGAAACUUUUUCCUCCCUUAAAGUGUUGAAAUCCGUCAAAGUGCAUUGCAAAUGGAUUAUAUGGGUUUGAAGAAGAUUAUCGGUAGAUUUUUGGUUUUUUGUUUCGAGCGAACGGAGGUUUAUGAACACGGGAGGCUUCGUAUAGAAGAACAAAGUAGAAAAUUCAAUGAAAAAAACUCUGAAAAAAAACAUUUAUAGAUUUUCAAACAAAAAGAAGGGUUCAAACAAUUCGGCGAGGCUAAAACUAAUCCUUUGCGGAAGAAAAAAAAACUAGUAAUUUUUUUUUAAUUUUAUAACUCCUAUUUCUUUUUCAACCGCUAUUUUGACUCUUCCUUUCUUUGUAACAUAAAACUUAUUCUUCCGUACUUUUCUGCUUUUUUUUCUCGUUCCAACAGUUUCGUUCCGAACAACGAUCCUGUUUGCUUUUUGGCCACAAACUAAUCGCUUUUCUUUCCAUUGCGUAAAAAAAAGUUGUUUAAUCUUUUUCGUACACGUUACCAAAGAGGAGAACGACAUGAUUGUAGCGUUAUAGUCUAUUGGAAAAAAGUUUUCUUCAUUCAGAAAAGUAUAACUAAAGGUUUAUUUGAGGUUGAGAGUAAAUCCAUAUUGGCUUCGAAAAACUGAAUUUUGAGGGUUUUUUGAGGAGAUUCGGAUUUUUUCAAUUCAUUUCAAGCUUUUCGUGAAUGAAAUCUAUCUUUUACCCUUAAAGGUGCUUCUCAAGAAACUAGAAAUGGCUCUUCGCCUUGAGAUUUUCCUAAAACUAAUCUAUGCUUUAAAAAUUCUAGCUAGAGUUUCUGAAGGUUCAUUCACUUCUACCGAAAACAAGAAAGAAGACAAACCGAUUUCGCAACCCAAGCCAAGCCAAUUUCCUUUUUUCCUGGCCCCAGAACCAAACGUCCUUUCUCUGAAGCUUCUCCUAAUCCCUUCCCACAGCAACCAACCGACUUUCCUUUUUUCUCUAUCUCUCGCCAACCCAAAAGCGGAAUCGAGUGCACCAAACACACGGCCAGCAGAGCAGAUUGCAGCUGGGGCGCGAUCGGCCCCACAAAAAAGGCCUUUCGCUCCUUUUAUGGUGCCUUUUUUGGUCGAGAUUCUUCGCGUUGAAGCACAGUUUCCACAUCCAGAUGCGGGAUAAUGGGCUUUCUGUCGGCUUUGAAAAGAAAAAUUUCUAUGGGUUGGAUAAACUUUUGAGAGUAGGAGACAAGGAAAAGCUUUUGAAGUUUUUAAAAGGCUAUUGCUCAAUUUUUCGUCUUUUACUCGUUUUUCAAGCUCCGCCCUGCGCCUUUAAACUAGCAACGAAGUUUUUCAUUGAGCAGUUUCGAGAAAAAAAAAAAAAAGAAAAAUUAGCUGCAAAUAAUUGAAAUAAUUGUUUACUUGUGCUCUAUGGACAAUUUUCUCGAAUUAUACCCACAAUUUCCGUAUUUAUGUGGAUUUUUUCGAAUUUUUAGUUUGAAAUCCUUUUUCUCUUCAAUAGACGACUAACACUACCUGACACAAGAAAAGAAGAGAUAAAUCACAUUCUUCAGACCUUUUCUCAUCAUUUAAACACUCCUAACAGCCCCUCAUCCCAUUACGAAGGUCAUAAACCCACCUUUUUCUGAAAAAAAAAGAGAAAUGACUCCUAUUUCAGUGGCUCUUUUGUUACACCGAACAAAAGUGCAAGUGCCAUUUUUUUCGCUUUCCAAAUAGCCUUCAACUCUUCGAGUCAGUUGAAACAAGGGUUCAGUUCCUGUGGGACGACAAGAUUCCGUUUCGAGAUUUCAGGAGACUACGCGACAACUGAUUGAUGAGCUUUGUCCUGAUUUUGAACGACAUUAUUUCCAAUUAAUCAAGUUUGAACGUCUCGAAUUUAAUUUUAUUCAGAAAAAUUAUUUUUUUCGUGUCUUUUGGCCCGGAGAAAGAAAACAAAAGAUUCUUUUUGAGCUCAAAGCUAUCGAAUUUCCCCUUGUUCUCGAAUUUCGCUGCAAAAAACUGCUAGCAAAAAGAGGGUUGUUUGAUUUUUCGAAAAGAGUUUUGAGGAGGAAAAAAUGGGAAUAUGAGGUCAAAUGGAAGAUUAUAAGGUUUAAGGAUUCCGGAACUCUUCGUUGAAAAUGGAAAUAGGUGUUUUUAGUUGGAAAAAUCAGUUUGAGGAAAGGGGAAAAGUUUUGAUCCAAAAAAGCGCCUUGCGAAGGAUAUUGACGCAAAUUUGGAUAUCGUUUCAUGAGCUCACGCAGUUUUGAAAGACUCGUGACUAAUUUUUGAUUUUUUUUGACUUUCAAGUGUUUUUUCUCGAAUAAAUUUUCUUUCUUCAGUGAUCAAAUAAUUUACAUUUGCUUUUAAACAUGAGAUCGAGAGGUUUUUUUUUUCGAAAAAAAGGCAAUUUUAAAAGCAAAAAAAUACAUGUUUUACCCCUGGAUUUUCGAAAAAAAGUUCAUAUGAACAGACUUUUUAUGAUAUAAAGAGAUUCAGAACACGUUCCUCUUCAAAAAUGUCGCGAGCUUUUCUCAAUGAAUUGUUUAUUACUCGAGGCGCAUCUGUUUAUCGUUCCCCCGCGUUGGUUUUGGCUUCUCCUUAUCCUUUCGGACCGGGUCGGCAACCCCACACACACAAACAGAACAGAUAUGAAUGACUGACACGAGCGUGGAAUUUUUGAACGGCAAGACAGAUGUUCAGAACAUUUAUUGAUCGUUUUUGGGAGCUUUUUAAGCAGGAUAUGUGAAUAAAAAGAUUUUUAAAGCUUGGAAAUAUUUUUGAAGCAUAUUUCAAGUUGAAGAAGGGAUUUUAGAGUUUUAUUGAUAUUUUAUAAGGGAGAUAUAAGCUGGAAACUACAAUUUUUCAGUUGGAUAAUGUUUUCAUGUUACUGGUUUUUGGCUUGAAAUAUUUAUGAGAUAACUUUUUGAAGUUAGAAGAGAAACUAGACGAUUUUAUGAGAGGACUUUAGCUCCCUAUUUAUCGUUAUUUUUUUAAGAAUUGAAUUUAAAAUCAUGGUUUUCAUUCGAAAAAUUCAGAAAUAUUCAGGCAUCGUGACUUUUUCUGUGACCUUUCUAUGAAUUUUUUUCUUCGCUUCUUUAAUUUUCCCAAGUGAAAAAUAUAUUUAUUUUCAAUCAUCUAAGAUUUGUGCGCUUUAAAAAAAUCAUCAAGAACGAUUUUUUUGAACAUUUUUUUGAGCAGGUAUAUCACAUAUAAGGUGAAGAAAACCAACUCAAUCUGUGAAAUCUGCACAAAAAAGCAUUUUUUUUUUAAAACAAUUCUGUCUAGUUUAUUCUCUAAAACCAAAAAAAAACUUUUCGGAACUCUUUUUUUAUAUAGUAGUGACCACUGGAAAAUCUCUUCCUCCAAACUUGAUCAAAUUCGUUUUUUUUUCCUCAACGACUCCAGAAGAAAAAUCCCAAAAAACUCCAUUGUUGGCCGUUGGAAGGCCAUCGAUUCUUCUUUCUCAACGACUUUUUCUCUCCUUUUUCUUUUUGACUUUGCAAGGGACCAAAUAUUUGGAAUAUUUGAGGGAUUCGGCUCAUUUUGUUGGGCGAAUUAUGAAGAUUUUAGCUGGAUAUAUGCUUUUCACACAAAAAAAAAUCAAGGAAAAAAUGUUCAAAAGGUUUUUUUUUUGAAGCUUUUAUAAUAGUUUUUAACUUUAAUUACUUUCGUUUUUCACAACUCAAGCUUCAAAUCAUAUACUUCUGCAAGAUCUAGAACGUUUUCUGCCAUUUUCACCCAAUAAAAGAAGGCUACUGUGAUUUGCAAGCCGUUCCUUUUCUCGAGCUUCUCUCCUCUCCCUAAUAAGGAAGUUUCAUUCGAGUGGCCUCCCGCCGGCCACUUGAAACGAACGAAAGCUUAUUCCAUUGAGAAGUGAACAAAAAAAGAACUCUGUCAAGUGCUUUUCUUUUCACACAGAGCAAUCUUUUGAGGCCCCCGUUCUUUUUUCCUCUUCAUUUCGAUCAUUGGGAAUCGUAAUAAAAGAAGGAAGACAGGGAUUUUGUUGGCCCAACUGACGAAUGUUUGCCAAUAAAUUCACGUGGCCAAUUUUGGCUCGGAUGAUGGAGAUUUCGGGCUAGGUUUCGGCUAGGUGAUUUGCUCUAGAAAAAUCGAGAUUUAAAGACGAAAAAGGGCUUUCAAAGAUUUACCUUGUGAAAAAGUUUUUUUCCUGAUAUCAGUGAUAAUCUCUGGAUUGGCUCAAAAGACAUAUCCGUCCUUGUGUGACGGCCGGGGAUUUUGAAGGUUUCCCACUACCAAAACUUCUCAAAUCCUUGGUUGGGUCGCAGCGGGGAUCGAACUUGUGACCCUGUGGACCGUAGACAGGCACACAACCUGUUGUGCUACGGCGCGCCCCAUUUAUUCAACCUCGUAUUUGUUGGAAAACAUUGAAAAAAGCAUCCUCGAAGAAAAACUUUGGCUCGGAAAAAGCUGCUGGACAGCACAAGCCAUUCGUCAAAAUCUCACAUUCCCCCGCAAAUCGCUCCGGAAAAUGUCGAAAAAGCUGAAGAGUCCGGGGAAAUGAAACGAGAUGGCUCUUUUUUUCUGGUGUUUACGACCAUUUUUAAUUACUUUCCAUGAUCGAACCUCAUUCUGGAGCCUGUUUCUUUCCCUUUCGAAGAGAAAUUUGAGGGGAUUGGCUCCAUUUUUGAAACUAGUUAAUUUAAAGGCGCAGCUUGGGAGGUCCCGACGAGAUUACAAUUCCAGAAAGGUCAUCGAAAAAGUGAUUUGAAGUGGAAAAAGGAACCAGAAACUUUUCUGUCACAAAAUACUGAAAGAAAGUUUGAUAUCAAGUUGUUUGUGGCUUAUUUAGCCUUGGAGCGCACGUUUUAAAUUAGUAGGCGGCUAUUUUUUCAUGUUAAUUAAUUUUGGUUUUUUUGUCAGUGGAACAAAUGAAGCUGAAAUUUAAAAAAAUUUAAUGUUUUAGAAGAAAAAUUGCUUGAUUUUAUACCAAAAAAUCUUCUUUUGAUAAUUUUUGUUCGAAUAUUUCUCUCAUUUUUUAAAUUAUUCUUCUUUUUUUACAAACUGCUUGGAUUUACCAUAGUUUCCAAGCUAGGAAAAAUCGAAACUCCGUUUUUUCAAGCCUACUUUCUUCUUCUUUUUUUUUUCAAACGAACCCAAUUAUCUCGUCCUUCCGGAGAGUUUUCUACUCCUAUUUUCAUAUCCUCUUCUUUUUAUUAAAGUUUUAUUACUUACCUAGUUAUUUUAUGGCAUUUUUUUUUAUUUUUCAGUGAUGAGCCGAACGACAACGUUUUGGAGGACGACUCGCGGAUGAACGACGAUUUUUCCGGGUCUUUGGAGGUGAACAUUGAUUUUUUUAAUGAUAAAUUGAUUUUUUUAGUGUUUUCAAAUAUUGAAAUUCAUUCGAAAUAAGGUUAUAGAAGCCCUGAAUUUUUGAAUUUAAAGUAAAAAUUUUUUUGAAUAUCUUCUGUAAAUUCUCGUUUUUUUCUCAUUGAAAAAUCGUGCCCAACGAAACCAACGAAUCUAAUAAUUGUUCAAGUUCAAUUAAAAAAACUGUUCCUUUUUCAAAGAAAGUUUUUCGUUUUCGCUGUGUUUUUUUGUUGAAAAAUGAUGCAAAAUGCCUUUCUAAAAGCUGAUUUUUUUCAUGUAAAAAAAUUCAACAAACUUAGCUUAAAAAAAUCGAAAUAUUUGUUAUAUUCCAAAAAAAUCCAAAUCAUUUCAUGUCAUUUUUUUCCAGGACCUCGUUGGGAAUUUUGACGAGCGGAUCGCCAAAUGCCUGAAAAACCCUGAAGUGGCCACUCAGGACUUCGCGCCUGUUCAAGUCCGCACUCAGGAUGAAGUCAUGAACGAGAGCCAGUUCGUUAUUUUUUUUGUUUGAAAGUUUGUUCUCAUUUUAAGAUUUUUUUCGAUUAUUUAUUAUACAAAAAGUUCAUAAAACUAGUCAAAAAAAUUAUAUUUAAAACAGCUCUUUUUGGAUGGUUUCAAUAUCAGGUAAAUUCUUAUCUUUCUGGAAUUUUCGACUUUUUUUUUCGAUUUCUCAUCAGUUUCCAUACAAAAACUUUAUUUCGAAUUUUUUUUUGAAAGCUCAAUUUUCUUUAGGUUUUUUUUUACUUUGAAGAGUUCCCAGGAAAUCACGUUUCUAGGUAAAUUUAAUAAAGAAUUCAUUUAUUUCUGACAAAUUUCGUUGGACUUUUACCAAAAAAGCCUUGUUUCUCGAAUUUUCCAUUUUUUUUAAGAGCCUGGUAAAAACUUUAAUAGCUUAAGUGACCCCUUAGGGAUUAUGUGGGAAGGACACUUAAGUAGCCACUAAGACCACCUCUCUGGGAGCCGCUAUUUGGCAACUUAGGGGCUACUAUAGUAGUGUAGUAGUACCACUGAUUUUUCAAAAGAGGCCACUAAAUGUUAGUCACUGAAGUGGCUACUGAUUUGACCACUAUAGUGGCCACUGGAUCUUCAAAACCCAAAGGGGCCACUGAAAAUUUCCCUAGACGUUCGUUGAAUUGCAAAAAAGUUACCAGUUUCUCUUCAAAUUUUAUUAUUUGACCUCGGAAAAUUUUAUUAAAGGAUUUAUUUUCAGGACAUGGUGGACGUUGACAGGCAAUUUCGGGAAUAUUCAGCCGCUGGACUUUGAUAAAUCGGCCAUUUGCAAAAAAAUGCUCCCCUCGUUAGAUCUGCGCGAAAAAGGUACAACUUUUUUUGUUUUUUUCGAUUGGGUAGUUUUUCAAGUUUUUUUGUGUUUUUUUGAGUAUAGAAAUUUUGGUUUGAAGGAAAUAAAAACAGGAUUUUAUUGAAAGUUUAAAAAAAUUGAGGGGGGGGAGUGUAUAAAGGUCAUUUUACUUAGCAGAUGAAAAAUUUGGAAAUAAAAAAAUGGGAUUAAAAAUAUGAUCAGAAGACUUUCCAGUGUACCAGAUGAAGGUCCUGAAAAUCCCAGCCAGCACAAUUUUUUGGUUUUUGGGAAAAAAGGUCACAAAGUUUAAAGAUUCUGUCAAAAUUCGCUGAGCCAAUUUCUGACGUUUUUUUUUUUUGAAAAAUGAGAAGUUUUGCAUUUUGAAACUUUCAAGAUCUCUACCUGGUUCAUCAAGGAGUAAUUUGACCAAAUUUCACGGGAUUCUGAAACCCUUGUCAGCAAAGUUUCAUCAAAAGCUCAAGGGGGGCUGAGAAAGGUUCCCUAGAAGACGUUUUUCGAAAAAGAAGAUCUCACCCUCGCUAUUCUGUCAAACUCUCAAAAGUCACGCCAGAAAAGAAAAAAGAAGAACUUUUUCCCGUUGUGAGCGCUCCCCCCACUAGCCAAGCAUGGCUACUCACGUAUGCCGUGGGUGUGAGCUUAUUGAUUGCCCGAAGCUCUGUUUUCCCCCCUCCUUCUUCUUCUUUUUCGGACCGAAAAAGGAAAAGAAUAAUCGGACGGAUGGGAACGUUUUGUCCCAAAAAAUUCGUUGAGAAAUGCCUUCCUUCGCCUUUUGAGACAUUUUGAGUAAUCUUUCUCGUCUUUCGAGGAAUUCAGAUGGAUUUGUUCCUUCGUCGUCUUGUUUUCCCGUGUUCUCAUACUUGUCUGUCCCUUUUUGAGCAGAGUUUUUGGCUAAAAAGUUUUUUUUUGAGGUUUCUUUUUAAAUUUUUAAUGAGGGUCUACUUGGAGUUCUUUUUAUAAUUUUUCGGUUUAAAGAUGUCAAGACAUGUUUUUUUCUAUAAAAACUCGAUAUUUUAUGAAUUCUCCCUUCAAAUCUCAUAUUCGAUCAAGAAAAAUUCAUUUCAUUACAGAGAAAAACAUUUUCAGAAUUUACCUGAAUUUUUUUAAAAAAUUUCCACUUUAUCUAUCCAGUUUUUUUCUCCUCUUAUUUCCAAGUCCCUUUCCAAGUUUUUUUAAUUUCAACUUUUUUUAAGAGCUCUCGUUUUAUUUUUUUGUUGUUUUUUUGAUUCACUGUAAGUUUGGAAAUUUUUUUUUCAGCUUAUUUAAGGUCCAAAAUGUAUAAGAAAGCCGAGUAAAUUUUCCAAAAAUAACUUGGAUUUUUAAUUCAAAUCCAUCUUUUGAUGUGAGGCAGUUUUAAGGGAUAGUUUUUUUACGAUCAGAAGCUCAAAUCCCUGAAAAAUUUAUAUAUAAUAUAUGAAAAUCUAGCAUUCGUAAGAACACGAAAAAGAAGCCAACUAAGCAGUAAAGUGAGUAAGAUGAGUCAUCGCCGGGCCCUUAAUGGAAAUUCCGCGGAUUCUCAUCAGAACCCAUGGGAAUCUUUCCUCUACGUUGAAUGUUGCGAUUUGCUCAAUGUUCUUGAGAGAAUUUCGGGGGAAUUUCGAGUUUUAUUUCUAAGAGUUCAGGUGAAAAUAGUUAUUAUUAUUUGAAUCGUUUCCCUUAUCCGGAAGGAAUGAAGCUGGAGCUUUGAAGAUGUUUUGCGAUUUUCUGAUUUUUUUCAAGAUUUUUCGAGGGAUUUUGAGUUUUAUUAUAUAAAUAUUUAUUCAUUACGGAAAAAAAGCUGGGUUAUUUUUAUUGAACCGAUUCGCUAGAACGGACUUUUCGACUUUUCAGUUUUCUUGAAGUUUUGAGAAGAAUGAUGUAAAAACUCUUAUUACCUGAGGCCUUCAAUAUAUUUAAAUUCUCGAAGAAAAGUUGAAAAAGGUCAAUUUUUCCUCACUAACCUCAAAUGAAUCCAUCUUCAACCGAUUUUUCAUUAUCCAACCAAAUUCUCUGACCUCUCGGACAUUGAUUACGCGGAACGGACGUAUCGGGGCAUUUCCAGUGACCACUUUAGUAGCCUCAGCACUCUUAAGUGACCCCCAGAAGUGCUCAGAAACCUCCGGAGUCCGUUUCGCGUUACCGAGGUCCAUGCUGACAGUAUUGGUCCUAGGGAUUAUCGCUGGAGCGCACAAUUACCCUCCACAUUUCCUCAUUACCAGGUCUCCUCUUGAAGAGCCCAUAAAAGGAGAAAGAGAGGCCACUGCAAAUGAUAUAGGCUUGUGACCGUCGAAAAUGUGUCUAAUUAAGGGUCCCAUUCUGGCUCUUCAGCAUAGAGGGGCCGUUUGAUAGAAUUACUGAGCUGAUCUUGCUCAUUUCUGGAAAUUUUAUAGAAGAUUUUUUUGAAAUAAUGAAGUUUUUUUUACGUAAACUUGAGCCGUUGUAACACUUUGAAACAGGAUCUGUAAGGUUCAGUUUUGAAGAAAAUGAAUUUUUUCAAAUCAUUGAAAUUUCCAAAGCUCGAAGUAAUUUUUUUCGAAUUUUUCUUUUUUUGAAAGAUCUUCUUGUAGUCCGUGGUUCAGAGUACCUUAUUGAAUGGUUUUCCAACCGGGAUUUCGUUUUGGAACUGUUUUUCAGAAAUAAUUCUAGAAAAAUAUUUCAAACUGAUAAAAUUAGCGUUCUUUAAGGCAUUUUUGUGAAUAUACGAAUUAUUCUUUAAUUGAUUGAAUGAUUUUAAUGAUAAGAAUCGGUCUCCAUGAUUUUCCUUAAGGCAUUCUAAGAGCUUUUGAGCUUUAUCUUCUCAUCACACUUUCUAUAAAAAAAUUAUAUCCCCAUUUUUUUAAAAAUGUGUUAUCAAAAUAAAGAUUAUUGAUACUUUCCCUUCUCCUCACACCUUUAAACGGCUUGAGCAGCGUUCACGCUUGAAGUCGAUUAGCUGAGGUUCCAUUCUGAUAUUAGUGAUAAUCAGUGAACUGGCUUAAGUGGCCUAUCCGUCUUUGAGUGACCGCUGGAGGUUAUGAAGUCGUGGGCUCCCACUGCCAAACCUUGGUUGGGUCGAGGCGGGAUUCGAACUUGUGACUCUGUGGACUGUAGACAAGCACACAACCUACUGCGCUACAGCGAUAAAUAAAGAUUGUUACUGUUAAGUAUAGUUUGAACCUUGCAGGGGGCUGGUAGCGACGACGGCGGCCUUGGCUCGUUGUCCGACGAGGACGAACUCCGUCAUCAGAUGGACGUCCAUCAGCUGAUCUCCCAGGGCGGCUCGAUGGGCGGCGACACGCCGCCCCAGACCGCCGACCAGGUCAUCGAGGAGAUCGACGAGAUGUUGCAGGUAAGAAUGUACUGUAGGUUGAGAUUGUGCACACACCGAACGUGGUUUCGGGCUAUAUCCUUGCUAAAAUCGAGUUUUUUGUAUGAAUAUAUUUUUGUUGAAUGUUUAGAAACAAUUGGAUAGAGAUCCAACCUUGCAAGCUCCAACCUCAAUCAUGUCAUAAAUUUCGACCGAGCCCCCCAAAAACACUUAAUUAAAGCCCCCUCUCUUAAUUACGCGGCCACGGGCAAGACGAUUGCAGUCGUGCGACUUCACGGGUUCGAUGAUGACGGACCGGACGAUGGAGUCCGUCGACUCGAUGUACUCCUCGAUGAGGUCGCCCUCCGCCCAGUGCAGCGACGCCGACGUCAAACUUCGUCACGCCCAGGCCCUCGUCGCCAAUCCCGACAGUUCGUUUUGAACCUCUCGUAGUCGUUGAACAGCCCUAGGGUUUCUGAAAAAGGUUUAGGGAAGCGAUAAGAAUGAUAAAAUAGGGGUUGAUAGCAUUGAAAAAUAGGGUUUGAUCUGGAAUUUUGACUAUUUUGGGCGAAAGUCAGUACUUAGAGAAGGUCGUUUUCCGUUUCAGCAAGAGAUGAGAAAGGUAGAGAGCAUAGGAAACUAGGUUUCGCAGUAGAAAUUCCAAUAAUUCUGCCGCUAAAAUCAGUUAUAAUUUUCACUCCUUAGUAAUUUAAUUUCGAGUUUCUGCGCUCCACGGACAAAACUUCGAGAAAUUUCUUUUUUUUUCGUUUUCAGAGUCUUUUUCUCCUACUCCUAUGAGAAACCUCUCGAAUGCACAAUUUUGGCUGAAAGAAUACGAAUAAUUGAAGUUUUAUCAAUUGAGCGCAUUUUCUCGAUAAUCUACUCAUCACAGAUUUUUUUGAGAUGUUCAAAAAAGUCAAUAAAACAUACGAAAAUUGAUAUUUUUAGCGUUGAUUUGAGAAAGAAAGUAACCAGUUUGUUUGCUGCUAUUUUUUUCUUAUUUUUAGUUUUAAUUUGUGUUGAAAAAAAUAAUUUUAGCUUUUUUCCAACUUCUACGCUAUCGCAGUAUACGUAGUCAUGCACAUUUUGAUUUUAUUGAAAAAUUAAAAAAAUGAGAUUUCGGUUUUUUUCUGCAGGGCUCAACAGUGAAGCGCUUGCCGGUAAUUUUUGCAUUGUAUUUUUUUUUCGUAAUUGAUUACAUUUUCAUUAUAUUGAGCUUCACUUACAUGCACUUUCUGUUCAUGUUCUUUUCUUCGAAAACUGUUUUUGACAUGGAAAAAGAACAUGAAUUCUAUCGAUCAGUGCCUUCUUUUUGAGUUUUGCAGCUUUUUUUUUCGGAAAAAAUAAUCAUUAAAUUUUACACGAUCCAUGUUGUUAUGUGUUAGUGUUGUUUUACUAAUUUUAUUCAAUUUUAAAAUUUUUACGAGAAAAAAAUUUCUGUGUUGUUUUGUGUCGUCCUUUGGGCCUAUGCUUUUUAAAGAAAUUGAGAAUUUUUCCAUGAAUAUUUGUUUUUCUAAGAAUUUUCGUUUCCAGACCUCCAAGAGCUGUCCUACUCGAAGUUGGUGACACUCAGCGCCGAAAUGGAGCAACUGAUUCAAGUUUAUAACGAGAGCCUCGUCGAGGAGCUGGCUCAUAGGUGAACUUUUAUAGAUUUUAGAAAUUCGAAAAAAGGCUUGGAUUCCAAACAAGGGUCUUUUUGAAACUGACAAAGGAAGGUUCUUCAAAAAAUUUAUGAAAAAAUGUGACUGAGGAUGGCAAAAUUCCUUGAAUAGUCGAAAAAUUGGGUUGAGAGGAGACUUUGAAAAAAAAAUGAGAAAAAUAUUAAACAGCCUUUGAAAAAUAAAACAUGUUUGCUCCAUCGAGAAAAACAUGAUCAGGAAUUUUUUUUUGCUCCUUUCUACUCGGACAUUGGUAACGCGAAACGAACGUGCUACGGACGUUUCUGGAAUUUCUAGUGACCACUUUAGUAGCGUCAGAACUUUUAAGUGAUCCCUAGAAUUGCCCAGAAACGUCCGUUUCGCGUUAACAAUGUCCGAGUUAUUUUACGUCACUUCAUUUUUUCAUUCAGCUUUUUAAAAAUUGGCCGUAGAGCGCCAUAUACAUGCUCUUCAAAUUUUCAAAAAUAUUUCAAAAGUUAAGUAGAAAAACGAGUUUCAAAAUUGUGCACAAAGUGUUUUUUUCAUCUAGUCGAAGAAAUUUAUACUUUUUUCGGCAUGGAAACCUCUAAAAAUAACCCGAAAACAGCACGAAAAACAGAAAGAAGACUGAAAAAAAAGCUUCUAAAUUAACCUAUUUACUUUCGGGAGAAAGACACCAAGUUCAAUUAUUCAGAGACGAGUUGGAAUACGAAAAGGAGAUGAAAAAAACACGUUCAUCUCCCUCCUUCUGUCCAUCCAAAACAAGCGGCGGCAGUUUGCCAACGAAAGGAAACGGAAAGGGGUUGGUUUGGAAUGGAAAAAAAUAGGGAAAAUAGUCAUGAAAUUAAUAAAGAAAAAAGAAAAAUGAAGUAGAAAUUGAGGAAAAAAAAUGUUUAGUCAGUUUCCUGAUUAUUGUUUGUAGAGAUAUUGAGGCCUUCCAUCCCUUGGAAGCCUUUUUUUCAUCUUUUUUUUUUCAAAAUUCAGGUAUUUUGUUUAGUUGGUUGAACAUUAUACGUUUCAAAAGUAUCAUAAAAUGUAACUUCUAACUAUUUUCUUUGAUUUCACAAUAUCUUGCUUGAAGGAGCUAGCAUUUAAAAAUUCUUAGUUCUUCUCACAAAAAUAAUCAACCGAUAGAGCUCCUCUAGUUUCUCUGGCGUCUCUUCAGGUCGCCGCUGAUCUCUCACUUGUUUAUAAACCCUAGAAUUUUUUGAAAUUAAUAAAAAGCUGCAAAAGAGUUUAGCGAGAGAUCAAGUGCAGCAUGAAGAGGUCCCAGAGAAGCCAGAGUGUUUUCUCUGGCGUCUCUUCAGGUGAUUAAUAUUUCUCUCUCUGAUAUUUUCAGUUCAUCUCUGAUAUUUAUAGCAAAAGUAGUUCAAAAAAGGAUGAAAAAUGAAAUUUAUCGACCGAAAGAUGUUUCGAAUCUUUCAUUUCAGCUUUUUCAGCUGA